GAACACCUAAACUACUCUAAUGAAGCUUCCGUAUACCAGGAUGUCAGGGGCCGAAUGUUAUUGUUUAUUUACACUUCCAUAUUUUCAUUCUGCAAAUACUUCUCUUUCUAUAUUUUUACUUCUUCAUCAAUGGUCUUUGCUCUUACUCGUCAUUUUAAGAUUUGGAGAAUCCAGCGAACUGCCUAUUCGUCCUGAAAACAUUUACAUUUUCAUCACAUGUCUUCGAUUCUUAAAAAUAAUUGCAGAUCAUUACAAUCAUGUUUGUAUAAUAUUCAUUCUCAGACUGCUUCAAAUAAGUUCAGGAGGCUAAAAGAACAAAUCGGUUUUCAAACACAGCAUAAAAAGGUUCUUUUUUACUAAACUUUUUAUCAUAAUUGCAUGUCUCGUCAUCCGUCUCAGUGGGAGGUCUAUCAAACAAUCGUACUGUAUCAUUUCAGAACCGAGGGCCCUUAGUACCCAGGGCCCUGCAACGUUGCCAGGCCUAACCAUCGAUCGAUGCUUUCUCGUGGAUUUGCAUCUUCAUUGAACAUAACAGGGCCUUCUUGUGCACAGUUUUUGUUUGUGGUUAGAAGCUCUUCCUUGGUGUAUAUUAUUAUAUCUUAGAAUUCUUAUAGUGCACAGCUAAUUCUCCAUAAAAAAAUGCCUUCAUUUUUUGUGUUUUAUAAAAACUUCCAACACAUUUUUUUACACUUGAUUUCUUAUCAAACAGCCACUACUAGCUAUUUUUCAUAAUGUUUUCCACUAAGUUUUGAAUUUCUAAUCGCUCAUGUUUCGAUGUUACUUAUGAUCUUCACCAAUAUCAUUAACUUUUCAAAAAGUCGCCCGAAAACCACUUUAUCAUUACAAAACCGUCUUCUAAAUGUCUAAUAAUAGAAGCAAGAUCAGGAAGGCAUUCAAAGAUUUUAGUAUCAUCAGCAUAAUUGCAAAAACUUGUAGAGUUUACAAAAAUAAGAUAUCAUUUAUAAAGAUCAUUAAACAAUAAGGACCUAUGACCGACCCUUGAAGUUCUGUUUCUUUUAAUCAGCUGAAAAGCAUGUUAAGUCAAUACGAACACAGUUUGCUAUUAAAAGGUUGCGGCUUGCAUAUUGAAGAGCCUUUAAAAGGUCAAUGAAUCCGGCCUUGCCUUUACGAUCAAUGCUGUUCUUACAAUAUGUUAAAAAGAUAAACAACAAAGCUAUAAUGCCUGCCAACAGUACUUGGAACAUCCGGCAAUUUCCUUUCUGUUUUUCUAAUUUUCGUUUCUUUUUUCGAAUAUUACUACUCCGUCCCUUUCCCUAGAACAAUGCUGAUAGAUAAGUAACAAUAAAAAAGGGUUCCAAGAUUGAACCUUGCGGUGCACCUCUUUGUUCCCGCGGGCGAGACAUGCCACUAAACCUGGCACCUUAUUGUCUAAAAAUGCACUGAUGCGCCUUUCUAACAUCGUUAUUUGUUUGAAAUGUACUUAUGAGGAAUUGGUGGUCACUGGUACAGGAAAAACAGUAACUAUCCAACACCUGCUAAGUGGUUGCUGUAGCGCAAAAACGCCAGCAAAAUUGAUUGCCCGGAUCAAUCAAGCGUGCGAGCAAGUUGCCCACAACUUGCGCAAUGUUAGCAUUUAAGCUGGCGACAAAAUUUUAGAAAACAACUUUUAUCAAAUAAGAUUAAGGUUAUUCUCUAAUGUUACGCCCUCUGCCCAAGGAAACAGUACCAAUUUGCAGUGUGAUUCAUAAUGCAGAAAGAGCCAACGCAUAGCAAAAGUACAAAUCGUUUACACGGCCUAAUGCUGAUGGCAGCUGCUGGUUUCUACAUUACAAUGUCUAACUGCCUUGUACAAUUCGCAUUCAAGUCAACGCAUGCCGAAAUAUCACCGUAUGUCUUCCUGUUAUAUCGAAGCCUUUUCGUAUUUACGUUAAACUUGGUCUUCAUGUUAAUAGGCCGCGUCCGUCCAUCUGGUGAACUGAAAAGUACCUGCGUCUUGUUACUUAUGGGAAUGGCCGGUACCGGACAGAUUCUCUUCCUCUUUCUUGCUCUAGAAAGAAUUCCUGUUGCAGACGCUACUGUCAUCCAGUUUACUGCGCCGGUUUUCACGAUGACGUUAAGCUUUUUGUUACUUGGUGUUAGCUGCACUUUGUUUGAUACGCUUUGUGGUUGUGUUAGUUUCAUUGGGGUCGUAAUCAUGACAAAGCCAAGCAUAUUUUUUGGCAUCCACCCAAACGAAGACGAUUCAAGAAAUCCGAGCAACCUCAAUCCGGAUAAAGACUCAGAAAACGCAGAUGCGCAAGAUUACGUAAUUGGGAUUUCGUUUGCGUUAAUCUCAUCGAUAUUUGUUGCUAUUUUCUACGUCUUGAACAAAAUAUCAGGUCAGAAACUUGAUCUCACAUUAACUAUUUUCUAUCCCAGUUUAAUCGGCAUUAUAGUUGCACCAUUCGUGUCAUUUGCCCUUGGGGAGUCACUUAUUGUGCCAUUUCACUGGGCCAAUGUAUCUGUCAUCCUUCUUGUCGGGUUACUGUCGUUUGUUCAUCUGCUUUUCGUUGCGGAAGCCUUACAGCUUGAAGAUGCUGGCCCGGCAUCAUUAGUGCGAAAUGCGGAUAUCGUUUACGCAUUCGUAUUACAGUAUCUUUUUAUGGGAAUUCAACCUCAGUGGACCACAUUGGCUGGUGCAGGUAUAAUAAUUGUUGCCACAACAAUGAUUGCAUUACGAAGAAUUUUGAAGGUGAACCAAGAGUUGAACAGCUCUUAAGUACACACACUUGGGUCAAUGCUAAUUUGCAAAUUAAGAUAUUGUAUAACAUACAGUUGAAAAUUGAAUAGAGAACUAACACGAAUUAGGUGAAAAAUCUUUUCGUAAAAAGGGGAAACUAUUGCUCUCGGUGCAUAUUUACAGACAGUCGAAUCAACUGUUAGUUUAAAGCUAAAAGUUGGUAUUCGAUUUUUGUACGGAAUUUUAUACCAUUGUUAUGAUUCUGAACAAUUUGGACUUGUAUCUAACCACAUCCCUCAAGAUUGUUGCCAGGUUUUCCCCGCCAAAUGUAUAGCUUCUCUGCGAGAAAUGCCUGGUGUUAUGACAAGAAAGAUUGCUUCUCCAACAGGGGGCUAGCCUGCCCUUUGUAGAUUUCAUUGGAAAAUUGAGCAAACGCCGACAAGGCAAUAUCUUGCUUCAGAAAAUACCUUAAUUUUUUUGUUUUUCACCAUGAGGGGCUAAAGGUCUAGGAUAGGAGCUGUACCUCCCAUUCCUCCAUUUGCAA